CCGUCACCCCGUCACUUAUCUUUCGACUAACACUCUUGCUUUGGUUUCAACUAAGCGUGAAUCAGAUAAUUCUAUUGAAGGCAUCAUUCAGGCGGAAAAUUGAACCAGAUGGGACUACAUGGAUCUGAGGAUAGAGGAUGAACGGAGCAGUAUUUUUCGCAGCCAGUCGCGUUUGAAAUGGCCUCGCAAGUGAAUGUCAUUUCUGCCGAGCAGCUGAAUCAGGAUUUCCAGAACAUUUUAGAUUCCAUAAAGCGGCAAAACUUAUCUAAUUCUGAGAUCUACAAAUUAUUUUCUCCAGUGAGAUGGCAAUUGUUUCGAAGUACGCUGAUCAAGAGAAUUAAAUUAAGUAUAUUGAUUUUGGUUUGUGCGGCGGUCGUUUAUUAUGUUCCUUUGGUGAAUUGGAAUGUCUCGGCAGUUGGGAGACUUCUCAUGAUUCAAAUGCUACCCUACUGGAAUUGGCGGCCAUUGUACAAGGAUAGAUGCUUGAUUCAAAAUUUUAAAUCGAAAGCUGAAAUUCAAGGACCUUCGUAUUAUAAUAGGGGACCAGCGUCCGGUGACUGUUCUGUUUGUGAAAAUAUCGGAUCAAUAUUUAAAUUGGACAACGUGUCGUAUGAUCAUCUCAACGAGUACCAUUUACUGAGAAGUUUUCCUGUUGUGAUUUCGGACUCUCAUGUCAAAUGGGUGGAAAGGCCUUGGGUAAAUAUGGCGCAAUUUUUUGAACGGAUUGAAUCAUUGCUCUUUUCAUUUCCCUGUAAUGUGCAAACAAAUUUAAUAUUUAAUCCGACAAGAACUUUAAAAUCAAGUGAUGCACUUUUUGGCCUACUGGACGUACUGAGCAAAUCGGAAAGUAAUGCGUCGUGGUUUUUACAUUUCCGAAAUUGUGAAUUGAAAACGGUCAAAGACACCAGAUUAAUCAUUGAAAGGCCAUAUUUUUACGCUUCCCACCUGGAAAUGCCGUACACAACCUGGUUUCUAGUAUCCUAUAAUUACAGUAUAGAAACGCCAAAAUAUCUGAAACUAGACGGGCUCAUUAUAGUUAUGCAGUUGAAAAACUUGUUGAAAAUAAUUUUAUCACCGAGGGGAGAAUGUGGUCGCAUUUGCAAGGAAUUGAAAGUGGAACUGCACGAGGGACAGGCGUUGGUUUUUUCAACUGAUUUAUGGGCAAUGGAAUACUUACCGACUGCAAGUAAUGAAACGGCAGUUACUUUCAUAUCCGAAACUAUGCAGAAAUAAAUAAAAGAUUGACUUGUAUAUUGUGAAUAAUUUAUUGGUGUCACUGAAAUAGUUAAUUUGUUUUCACCCUGAACAUGAUAACCUUGGACAAGACAACGUUUAUUGGCAAGCCAAUCACGCAAUAAAAUUGUAAUAAGGAAUUACAAAAUAUGGGUUGUGUAGUCAUAAACAUGUUCUAUAGUAAUUCGAAAUUCAUAGUAAUUCCAACAAACGUUUUCGUGAUCAAAA